AUGGAGUAUUGGAAGCAGGGGUACAUGGAUAUGAUGCUAGUUCCCAUGGGAAUUGUAUGCUCAGUCUUGUACCAUGGAUGGCUAUGGCACAAGGUUAGAUCACAACCAUUUCAAACCAUCAUUGGCAUCAAUUCAGCUGCAAGAAGGCAAUGGGCUCUUUCUAUCAUCAAGGAUAAUGAGAAGAAUAACAUAUUGGCUGUGCAAACUUUAAGGAAUGCCAUCAUGGGAUCAACGCUAAUGGCAACCACAUCCAUCCUCUUUUGCUCCGGCUUGGCAGCCAUCAUCAGCAGCACAUAUUCCGUCAAGAAAGCGGUCGAUGACAUCGUCUUUGGCGCUCAUGGAGAGCUGAUGAUGGCCCUCAAAUAUGUGAUGAUACUCAUCAUCUUCCUGUUGGCAUUCCUGUUCUAUACUCUCUCUAUUAGGCUCAUCAACCAAGUUAACUUCCUCAUAAACAUUCCAGUGACCUUCCUCGAUGAUGUCGGUGUGUCGCCGGAGAUGCAGGAGUGGUACAUCUUAGACAUGAUGGACAGAGGGUUUGUUUUGAGCACACUGGGGAAUAGGCUCUUCUACACUGCUGUCCCUCUUCUCUUGUGGAUCUUUGGUCCACUCUUGGUGUUCUUGUGUUCUAUCUCCAUGGUUUUUAUUCUCUACAAGCUUGACAUUGUUCCUGGGGAACCAACUGGAAAAUUAAGAGCUGUUGACGUCGUAGGAGAUGAACAAAUAAUUAGCUGCAGUAAUCACGUACGUGUAGUAGUACUAUGA